AUGUCUGUUGAAACCGCUUUGUCUUACGCUGCCUUGAUCUUGGCCGACGCUGAAGUCGAAAUCUCUUCUGAAAAGUUGUUGAGCUUGACCUCUGCCGCCAACGUCCCAGUCGAAGGUGUCUGGGCCGACAUCUUCGCCAGAGCCUUGGAUGGCCAGGACUUGAAGAGCUUGUUGGUCAACUUCUCUGCCGGUAGCGCUGCUGCUGCCCCAGUUGCUGGUGGUGCUGCCGCUGCUGCUGGUGGCGAAGAAGCCGAGGAGGAGAAGGCUGAGGAGGCCAAGGAGGAAUCCGACGACGACAUGGGAUUCGGUCUAUUCGAUUAA